CGGCUUUAAGUGGAGGGUGGAUUUUUUUUCCCUCCAUUUGCCUCUGUAUUCUACUCUGAAAGUAUGUUGUGGUUACUCUUUUUACUUGUAACUGAUAUUCAUGCUCAACUGUGUCAUCCAGAUGCAGAAAAUGCUUUUAAAGUGAGACUUAGUAUCAGAACAGCUCUGGGAGAAGAUGCAUAUACUUGGGAUGAAAAUGAAGAAUAUCUCUUCAAAGCGAUGGUGGCUUUUUCCAUGAGAAAACUUCCCAAGAGAGAAACAACAGACAUUUUCCAGGUACUUUUGUGCAAUGUAACCCAGCGGGUGUCAUUCUGGUUUGUGGUUACAGACCCUACGAAAAAUCACACACUUCCUGCUGUUGAAGUACAGGAAGCCAUAAGCAAGAAUAGGAACCGGAUCAACAAUGCCUUCCUUUUGAAUGACCAAACUCUGGAAUUUUUGAAAAUUCCUUCCACUCUUGCACCACCCGUUGAGCCAUCUGUACCUGUCUGGAUUAUUAUAUUUGGUGUGGUAUUUUGCGUCGUUACAAUUGCCAUUGUGCUAUUGGUUAUAUUAGGAAUUCAGCAACGAAGAAGGAAGAAUAGAGAAUCAUCUGAAGUGGAUGACACCGAAGAUAAGUGUGAAAACACAGCCACAAUUGAAAAUGGCAUCUCUUGCGACCCACUGGAUAUGAAGGGAGGGAACAUUAAUGAUGCUUUCGUGACAGAGGAUGAGCGGCUCACCCCUCUCUGA